CGAGAGAAACUGUAGACUGUAUGGCGAUAUAUACGGCAAACAAUAGGUUCAAAGCCGAUAAACUGGCACUGUUAUCGGAUGAGAGGCUAUACGAUAGGGAAGGCCUGCGGGGAACAGGCGGUGGAGGCGGCGGUUCGGUGAACAACAACUACGACCGACUGGCGGACACCCGAGAGAGUCCGUACGGCAUAAAGAGAAAUAUCGGCGGCUAUUUGGACGACACCAACGACUACCCCAAUAGAAGCCGAUCACGUGAUAGACACUUUAGUCGUAGCAUUAGUAACAAUAAUAAUAAUAAUUACGGCGACGGACUCGACAGCCGAGCGACACAUUUCCGGGCGUACGGCCACCGAAACAAUAGCCAAACCCCCUUCGAUGGCCCCCAACGGGGCUACCCGUCGGUCGGUUCUGACCAGUUGUUGGACCAAUUGGAUCAGUUGCCGCCCAACGUUAAUAGUAAUACCUCGACCACGAGCUCCACGGGUGGCGGCAGUGGUGGCCAACGCGGCGGCGGCGCCGGCAGUGGCGGCACAAUAGCGACGGGAAUGUCCGGACGGCGUAUGACUUCGGCGUCGACGACGGCCAGCGGCGGCGUCUCGUCGACGGUCUCAUCGCCGCCGUUGAAGAAGAAGCGGAACAAGAAGAAGAAACCCAAGCGAUCGUCACUGCGCUCGCACUCCGCCUCUCCGUCGCCCUCCCGCUCAUCGUCGCUGAGUUCGGCCCGAAGUCAUUCGCCCUCUUCCUCAUCAAACAUAUCGUCGUCCAGCCCUAGCAGUCGCAGUCCAUCGCCCGCCAAAUCCCAGUCCCCACUAUCAUUGUACAGCCGAGAGCGCAAAGAGCGGGGCGCCGGUGGUUUGGGCGGUUCGGUCAUAUCGGCCGCCACCACAACCAACAACACUAUCAUCAGCACCUCAUCUCAGGGUUCAAAUCACACGCCACUGCAUAACAGCGGCGCCACUCCCGGCUCCGACAGCUCGGCCGACAAAGACGACACCCGGCCUCUGGCCAUAUGUGUCCGCAACUUACCGGCGCGAUCUACAGAUGGUCUGUUCCACGAGUACAAGAAGCACGGAAAGGUCACAAUGGUUAAGGUUGUGGGUCAGGGCUCCGACCGGUUCGCUGUCGUGUGCUUUAAAAAGCCCGAAGACUUCUCGGACAUCACAUCAGUGGUGAAAGCGAUGCGCAAACUGGACGGCGAGAAUCUGGGCCAGAAUCGGAUCAAACUCGGGUUCGGCAAAAGUAUGCCCACGACUUGCGUAUGGAUUCACGGCGUGUCCGAGCAGUUGACUGAGAAGUCGCUGCUCUGGCAGGCGAACCGUUUCGGCACAGUUGUCAACCUCAUGCUAGACCGGCAUCGGGCCAACGCUCUCAUCUUCUACGACAGUGUCGAAUGCGCCCAAAUCGCCGUUCAAGACCUCAAAGGCCGAGUGCUGAGCGGCCGCAAAAUGCAAGUGGACUUCGCCUCCCGGGAGUGCCAAACGGCCUUCUUUGAUAACAUGGAAAUGUCGGGUCAAAUACCGCCUCAAGUGGUGGGCUCUGUGAGCGGUGGCGGCGAUCGCCAGUGGGAACCCCAGCGGAGGCCACCGCUCGGCAACAGUUCCACCAAUCAGUGGUCUGAGUUCGACGAACGCCUGGGCGGCGGCGCGUACGACAACCACACGGGCGGCGGCAACAGUCGCGCCCAUAACAACCGAUAUCAGUCACGCACACCAAACCGUAACUAUCGGCCGCAGUCGCCCAUCCCUUUCCAAAGGAACACACAAACGGGUUACGGAGGCGGUAGUCGCGGCCGCGCCUCCUAUCAGAGGUUCGGCUCGGCGUCCGACACUUACAACGAGGACUUUGCGGUCGAUCGGCGGCAUCGAUACGAAGCCGACGCCGAGUACGACGAUAUGGACGACGAGAGGGACAGCUGUUACGGUCGCGACCGGAGUCGCGAGUUGAGUGAGACGUGCAGUAAAUCCUAUUCCCCGAUCUCUCGGCGCAGUGAGAGUCCCAAAGAGGGCGUCGGCGGCCGACGCGACGGUCGCAGCACAAGUCCGUACUCUAAAAGUGAUAUGAGAGACAAUAGUAGAGACAAAUCGGACGCAGACGUUAUGCUCGGCCAAAACAUGGCGAAGGAGCGGAGUGGCAGUCGGAGGUCGAGCGACGACCUGCACGACGACUGGAAGCCACCGGAACUGCAACUCGACCGGCGACGCGCCGGCAAACAGCACAAGUCCUCCUGUGAUACAGCUCUUAUGUUCGGCGACUCACCGCCACCGGUCACCCAACACGUGGCCCGGCGUCUGAGUCACAGCAAGAGUCCGAAAGACAAACAACAACAGCAGUCGUCGGCGACGGCCGCAGCUCUGGCCAGUCUGAAGGGCCAGAACACGAACACAACGCCCCAAAGUCCCACCGCUAGUCCCUGUUCGUCGAGUUUCGCGUCGCCGAUGCGGACCGACUGUCCAGUGCACCGGCUGCAACUGCCGUUCCUUAUGCUCGACUCGACGCCGAGCAGCUUGCACACCGCGGCCUUUAGCCACCUGCUCUGGCCGAGAGUCGACUACCUGUACCUGAGUGACGGCAGGCGUGUAGUCAGGCAACGCUCCGAUUCUGUACUUUCCGACUCCAGUGAUACGGGUUUUGUCGGUCGGGGUGUCGGCGGCGAGUCUACUGUGUCUGCGUUGAAACGUAAACGACUGGACAGCGAGUCGCCCGACACACCGACGUGUAGUUCCGAAGCGAUCGGACACUUGGAGCGCAAGAAGCGGCUACUGGUCUGCGUCGACGGCCUCACGGGCGCCGGCGGUGGUCAUAGCGAACGGCUCGGGUCGGGCAGCAAUAGUUCACAGUCGACGAGCGGGUCGUUGGCCGGUAAGAGCGGUUCCCACGAGUCGCUGGUAAAUAGCGAGACAAACAUCAGACAAUUGGCCAAAUUGCUCAAACGUAGGCCCAGUAGUAGUGGCGGCGCCACC